UCGGGGGUGAGCAUGUAGUGAAUCCUCUGUCUGUUUAGAUGCAAUAGAUAUCUUCUAGGCGUCAUCGACUGACCUCUAGCGACCUAGCUAAGAGGUGUCCGACAGGUACAUGGCGGGCCCCCAUCCAGUGGCUAGCUACUCGCGCAUGCUUGCAGCAGCUGAGGGUUUUUGCUGUUUCAUGGACGGGGAACCUUGACCUCUGUCUCUUCUCGAGAGCUUGUCUCGGGAUAAGAACAAACUGGGUCUUUCGAGAUUCGACAUUCUCGGGCCGCUUUCUCAGACCGAUACUGUACCAAUGCCGACAACUCCCUUCUGAUGAUGCCUUUCUGCGCAUCCGCUAUGACUGCAAGGUCUGCAACGAUGGCUCUCGGCCGCAUGAGGCAUCGACAAUGUGCCUUGGCAGAAGCGUUUUGACAUUGUUCUCAACGCCUUUUUGCCUAGGGCCCCGCAAUGUGCAUAUAAGGGAGAAGAGCCCCACCACGGCCAAGGUUGCAAUGCAAAGUCCAAAACAACAAGGGAAGCCCCAAAGUUUGUGCUCUGCUCAGCGAGGUGAAGAGGCUGCCCGGUCAAAGAGCAAGACAAACUCGCCCGCGAGAGCAUACUCUUUAGGCCUUCCCAAGUAGUUUCUGGCAACUGAAAUCAAAUACACUGCUCUUGGUGCUGAAAACCACAUCCAUUUCCAGGCUGCCGUCACGUGACCCACGGUACAAUUUGAACCCACAAAUUUUAAGCAAACGGUGCCAAACUGCCCUGUCAGGGCUUCGACCAACGCAGCAUUCUCCACGAGGCGAAAAAAAAUCUCUGGUACAGGCCGGCCAAGUCGCAAGCAACCCCUCACGCCGCCUUGCGCUGCUCUUCCAGAAACCCAUUAAACUUCCUUGAGACCUGCCAACGCGCAGAGGAGGUUGCCCAUCAUGCCUCCCCCACCCCAUCAGAAGCCCGAGAAUGUUCUCAAGAGGGCCCACGAACUCAUCGGAGUUAAGCAGGCCCCCGCGGCCCUCACCCUCCUCCACGAGCACAUCACAUCGAAGCGGUCUCGCAAUGUCCCCAUCACAUCGUUGGAGCCUGUGAUGCUCCUGUUGGUCGAGCUCUCGGUCGAACAGAAGAAGGGCAAGCUCGCCAAGGAUGCUCUCUACCAGUACAAGAAUAUUGCUCAGAACACCAAUGUUGGCACGAUCGAGCUUGUUCUCAAGAAGUUCAUCGAGUUGGCUGCCGAAAAGGUCACCGCUGCUCAGCAAAAGGCCGACGAGGUUCAGUCCAGCAUCGAGGCGACCACCACCUCCGACAACGUUGAGGAUCUCGAAGCCAGUGAAACCCCCGAGUCCAUCCUCUUGGCCACCGUCUCCGGCGAGCAAUCCCGCGAUCGUACCGACCGUGCCAUUGUCACCCCCUGGUUAAAGUUCCUGUGGGAGGCGUACCGCACAGUUCUGGACAUUCUCCGCAACAAUGCUCGUCUCGAGUUGCUCUACCAGAGCACUGCCAUGCAGGCGUUCGACUUCUGCCUCAAGUACACCCGCAAGACCGAGUUCCGCCGUCUUUGCGAGCUUCUCCGCAACCAUGUCCAAACUGCUGCCAAGUAUUCGGCUCAAAUGCAUGCCAUCAACUUGAGCGACCCGGAUACCCUACAGCGCCACCUCGAGACUCGUUUCCAGCAGCUUAACGUGGCGGUCGAGCUUGAGCUCUGGCAGGAGGCUUUCCGCAGUGUUGAGGACAUCCACACCCUCCUCAACCUGAGCAAGCGCCCCCCCAAGAACAUCAUGAUGGCCAACUACUACGAGAAGCUCACCCGUAUCUUCCUCGUCGGCGAGAACUACCUGUUCCACGCCGCUGCCUGGUCCCGCUACUACAACUUGCUCCGCCAGUCUGCUGCCAUUGUUGCGGCCGGUGGCAAAAAGUCCGAGAACCCCCCAACCAGUGAGGCUGAUCUCCAGAAGGCUGCCACUUUCGUCGUUCUCUCGGCCCUGUCCAUUCCCGUCAUCAGCACCUCCCGCUCCCGCGGUGCCAUGGUCGACUUCGACGAGGCUCGCAAGAACAAGAACUCGCGUCUCACUCACCUCCUCGGCAUGUCUCAGGCCCCUACCCGUGCGCUCCUCUUCCGUGAUGCUCUGUCCAAGUCUUUGAUCCGCCGCUGCCGCCCCGAGAUCCGCGACCUCUACAACAUUCUCGAGGUCGACUUCCACCCCCUCUCGAUUUGCAAGAAGAUCUCCCCCAUCUUGGCCAAGAUUGGGGCCGAUGAGGAGAUGCAAAAGUACAUCAUUCCUCUUCAGCAGGUCAUUCUCACUCGUCUCUUCCAGCAGCUUUCUCAGGUGUACGAGACUGUCGACCUGGACUUUGUCGAGUCCCUAGCUCAGUUCCCCGAGCCUUUCCAGGUUACCCGCGCCACGAUUGAGAAGUUCAUCAUGAACGGCAACAAGAAGGGCGAUCUCGCCAUCCGCAUGGACCAUGCCACCGGUGUCCUUAGUUUCGAUGCCGAUGUCUUCUCCUCCGCCAAGGCUGCCCACGCUGGCUCCUCUGCCGGCUCUGCUGAAAGCGAGACUGGCUCCGUUCAGCGUCUCCAGAGCACUCCUUCCCAGAUUGUGCGCUCUCAGCUCACCCGCGUCGCCGAGGUUCUUUACACCACAUGCCAGUACAUUGAUCCCAAGUUCAACGAGGCCCGCAUCCAGGCUCGCGAUGCUGCUUUCGCUCGUGCCAAGGCUGGUGCUGAGAAGGAGCACCUCGAGAUCCUCGCCAGAAAGGAGAUUAUUCAGAAGCGCAAGGACAAGGCCUCUGAGGCUCAGGCCGCCCGGGAUAAGGAGAACGCUCGCAAGAAGAUGGUUCAGGAGCAGCUUCUCCAGCAAGCCGAGGCUGCCCGUUUGGCUGAGGAGCAGAAGCUUCGUGAAGCCAAGCGUCUCGCCAACGAACGGGAGCAGAUCAAGCGCAAGGAGGUCGAGAGCAUGCUCAAGGAUAUGAAGCUUGAGGAUCUGGCUGGUGAGGACCUCGAUACCCUGGACAGCAACAAGAUCCGCAUGAUCAAGCUGCAGCAGCUUGAACGUGAGAAGAACACGGUUGCUGAGAAGCUCCGCAUCACCGGCAAGCGUCUUGACCACUUGGAGCGUGCUUUCAGAAAGGAGGAGGCUAAGAAACUCCCCGAGGACUAUGCUAAGCAGCGCGAGCGUGAUCUCAAGGCCUAUGAGUUGACCAAGGCCCAAACUCUCAAGGAGGCCGAGGAGAAGCACAAGGCUGAUGUCGAGAUCAAGCACCGCCUGUCUCGCCUGAUGCCAUUCUACGAGUCGUUCAGAUCUAACCUCCACGAGCGCCGCCGCGACGAGUUUGAGAAGAGACGUCGUGAUGCCGACCGCGAGUUGGAGAAGAUGAUCAAUGCUCGCAAGAAGGAGUACCGCGAUCGCAAGAUCCGCGAGAAGAGGGAGCGUGAGGAGAAGGAGCGUGCCCUCCGCGAGGCCGAGGAGCGUGCCGCCAGGGAGAAGGAGGAGGAGGAGAGGAGAAAGGAGGCCAAAAAGGAGGAGAUGGCCAGAAUCAAGGAGGAACGCGAGAAGGAGCGCGAGAAGGCUCGCGAGGCCCAAGCCCGCCAGCAACAACGCGAGGAGGAAGCUAUGGCCCGUCGCAAGGCCGAGAAGGCUGCCGACACUGCUCCUAUCCGCCGGGAGAUUCCACCAGUGGAGGCCCCCUCGGCCGCCGGCCCCCCCCGUAUUGCCCUUGCCGGCAACAGACCCAGCUGGAGAGAACGCGAAGCGGCCAAGGCUGCCGGUGGUGCCCCACCAGAGCCCGCUGCCGCCGCUCCUCCUCCGGCCAGAGCUCCUCCUGUCGAGCGGACCGACUCCAACGAGCGCCCUCCUGCCGCUGGUGGUCCUCCCCGCCUCGCCCUUGCUGGCAAGACUGGAGGCUCCAGCUGGCGUGAGAGAGAGGCUGCUAGAGCUGCUGGCGGCGGUGCUCCCAUUCCCGAGCGCCCUGCUCCUCAAGGCAGAGUGUCCUCUGGUCGCGGUGGUGCCCCCAUUGAGAGGGAAGGUUCCGGCCGUGGUGAGCCUGCCAAGGAUGGUGCUACUCCUGAGCCCCUGAAAGCUAGCGGCGCUCCGGGCAAGUAUGUUCCCAAGUGGCGGAGAGAUAAUGCUUAAACAAAAGCGGGCAUGUAUUGGGAGUUUCUGGCAUUUUUCUGUUUCCCUCCAUCUCUCGCGCUUGCUGGGUUCCGGUUCAUACAUGACACACAUGACAUGCGACACGAAGGAUGGGCAUGAUGCAGCUUCUUCUGGAGUUUUGAUUUCUGGGUCUGGAAGGGGUACGGGAAAGAAAAGGUUUUUAUUUUUUCGGUCCUUGAUCCUUUUUCCUUGCUCCGGAUUUGCAUGUGUGUAGAAGUAGCAUUUCUCGUCAUUCGAUAGCGAAGGGAGGCAGGGGCAGCAAUGAACAAAAGUGAUUGCUGCGUUAGGAAGAAUGACAGGAAUGGAUGAGGUUGUGUUUUACUUUUACUGUUGAGUUGAUGAAUAUAAAUUGCAUGGCAUGUGUGUAUUGUUUUGCUGUGUAUGAGUUGUGUGGGUAGGCAUAAAACCACAUCGGCACUC